AUGGCACAAUAUCAGAGAUUGGACGGCACGCAGCCUAACUUUCCUCCUGCCUAUGAUGACUUGGAUGAUGCUGAUAUGCACCACGCUCAGCCUGUGGAUAUCGAGGCCUUUGAGAUAGAAGAUGGUAUUGCAGAGGAACUUGGUCAACGAAGAAGAACCGGAUUCUUCGGUAAAGCUUCCCAAUUCACCAAGAAAUUUGCAUCGAACUUCAAUAACGCUGUUAUACACCCGGUCUCGCAGAUGAUAGACCCCAUGUAUGAGGGCUACAAAUAUUUCAAUGGCAUGUACGAGCAGUUCAUAUUGAAAAUAGGGAACCCCUUGGUAGUUAAAAGACUCCUCUAUGUCUCGUUUAUAAUAGGUUUCAUAUUCAUCUUGACUCACUAUUCAACCUCACUGGAAGCUCUGGAUGCCGGGCAUCAUUCCGGUGGAGGGUUCACGCUGGGGAUGAUGUAUGACAUUGACAAGUUAGGGGCUGCUGUGGCGCCAAUGAUUGAUAACAAACUUAUGAAGGAAAACCUCGAGUAUUUGUCGUCGAUGCCUCAUAUAGCAGGAACGAAGGGUGAUUUGACAUUGGCUAAGUACGUACAAGACUUCAUGAUCAACAAUGGGAUCAAGGAUUACGAUCUUAACACAGUACUGGUCAAUUUAAAUUACCCGAAAGCUGAAGAAGGUUCCACGUAUGUGAAAUUAGCUGAUGGCUCCUUUCUGGCCAAUUUGAAAGAGUUUAACCAAGAGGGGAUGGAACACUUAGCCUACAAUCAAAAUGCCCUCAACACCAAUAAUGUGGUGAAGGGCCAUUAUGUGUAUGGAAACUAUGGUACAAGGAAAGACUUCGAGGCCUUGCACUCUGCGGGAGUGAAAUUAAAGGGAGCUGUUUUAUUAAUAAAGUACGGAGGGGGUGACAUUCCAGAUUCAAAUAAGGUUAGUUUGGCUACUCUGAUAGGGGUUUCCGCAAUUGUAUUCAUCUCCACACCAUAUACUGACUCUGAAGGCAAUAGACAUGAAGAUAUUAUAGAGAAGUGGAAUGUCGGUCUAGAAAGAUAUAGUACGGGUGACGUCCUUACUCCAGGCUGGUCUUCUGGUGAAGGAUAUGUUGUCAGGUUACCUUGGUUCAAAUCGGAAUCUACACCAAAAAUUCCUACAAUUCCAAUAUCUUAUGCAGAUGCCAAAGAAUUUUUGAAGAAGAUUGAAGAAAAGGGAGCUAAAUUUGAGGAUGGAAACUAUUCAGGUGAUGCAUCAGGUAUUGAAAUUGAGUUACAGAUUAACAACGAACCAAAACCAACGCACCAAAUUUGGAAUGUUGUUGGGUCUAUUGAAGGGCGUGAACAGUCCAAUAAAGGUUUGAUUAUUGGGGCCUCAAGAGAUGCCUCGUGCUUCGGUACUUUAUCUACAAAUACAGGUACCGUGAUUUUGUUGGAAUUGGUCAAAGUCUUUACAGCUAUGCAAAGAAAGUUCAAUUGGUCUCCUGCAAGAUCCAUAUAUUUCAUAUCAUUCGAUGGAAGUGAAUAUAAUUUGGCAGGUCUGACCGAGUGGAUAGAAAAUAGAAAGGAUCAACUAACUGAUAAUGGUUAUACGUAUAUCGACUUGAGUGAUGUGAUAACUGGUGAUGAACUUCAAAUUAAUGCACAUCCUUUGUUCCAUGAAGUUAUCAGGAAGGUUCUUCAAAAAGUCAAGACAGAAGGAGAUGAUCAAUUAUUGUACGACUUGUACAAAUCUCAAAAUAACAAUAAAGAUGAUAUUCCAUUCAAUUUGAUUGAACUGAAAAACUACAUACCGUUUAUUAACUUUUUGAACGUGCCAUCGAUGGAAAUCAAGUUUACCUCUUCGGAGACAAACCCAGAAAGGAGAUACCCAAAGAACUCGUGCUAUGAUAGUUUCCAAAAUUUCGAAGCUUUGAAAAUCGACUCUGAGAUGAAGAAGCAUAAGGUACUUGUGGAGCUAUUUUCGAAACUUAUUUUGGAAUUGGUGGAGAGUCCAUUAAUCCCAUUUAAUUUUAACGAUUUGUCAAAUAAAUUGCAUGACUAUGAGCAAUCUCUUGAAAAUUAUGCAAAUGAGAUAAUUGCUAAAGACAAGAAACCAACGAAACCAAUAAUUCAUUACGAAAGGUUGACUCAAGCAAUUGGCAGGUUCAAGCAAGCAUCAGGAGUAUUAGAGGACUGGAACCUGAGUUGGAAGGAUUUCUUAAAGAACUCUGGGGAUAUGGAACCCACUCUAGUAGCAAUGAAUAGAUGGAAGCAAAAUGAGAACAUGAUUGGUUUCAGUAGCAAAUUUAUCAAGAAAGAUUUAAAAUCUAGAAGACCAGGCUACGUCAAUGCCUUAUUUGGCGUUCCUUACGAUGCUCCUUAUUUUAUAAAUAGUGGAAACAUGAAGGAUAAGGAUUUCAACAUUUUCCCAGGCGUCAAAGAUUUCUUGGAUGAUGGAGACUAUGGAAGAGCACAAAGCGAAAUUGAUAAUGUUGCACAGUAUAUAGAAGCAGCAGCUGUUGAAUUACAGAGAGGUUAA